GUUGAGUGACGGAUGUGCCAAUCACGAGAGAGACGCACGUUUACAGAUGGGACUCUCAGCCAAUCAGAGCAGACCUCUUCUUUAUAGUGGGCUGGUUCUCUCUGACAGAGUUUGGAUAAUGUUAAACACAGCUGUUUUUUUUAUAUCGCGUCCAGGACUCACGGCAGAAGCAGGAACGUUGAAGUACUUUUAAUGCUAAAUUUAUUCGUGGACUUUGGUUUCAUCUUUUUUUUGAGUGGUGAGGAUUGUAAUUUUUUGUUUUUUUUGUUGUUUUUUCCACCGCGGUGUGUGAUGAAGUCACGUCUAGACUCAUGUUAUAAUGGUAUUUCCAGCAGCAGCGGCUUGUUUAGGCCACACGCGCUUUGUUUUUAAACUUUAACCCGGGCACAGCACGGUUCCUGCGGGGAGGCGCAGACCUGGUGGCUCGGCUCCUGCUGGAGGCUCCGUCCGUCCGUGCGUGCGUGCGUAAGUUCUGGGAAACCAUGAGGACGGAGGAGCAGCUCGACAGGAAGGGGUUGUUGUGCAGCAGAGCGGGGCGGCUCCGACCUAAAAUGUCUCUGUGUAAUUGACAGUUUUCAUCUUUCUGGAACUGUGUGCGCGCGCGAGAGAGAGAAGAGCUGCGUCUGCGCCUCCGUUGGGAAGCUGCGGUCCGACCGGCGGAGGAGGACACGGUGGAGGAGCUCCUGACUUCCGCGCUGAAGGAGAAAAACAAACAAAGUCCACAGCAGAAGCAGAGUUUGUGAGAGUUUGUCGCGGUCAGGCCUCCUGUUUGUCCGCCAGCAGAGGAGACGACGGCUGCGUCGCAGUGUGUGAAAGCAAACACUGAGAAUGUGAGCAGCGACUUCAGUGAAAGUUGACAAAGAACUUGAGAGCGGCGCUGCUCUCGCGCAAUUACGCACGCACACGCGUCGCCCACACACACACACGCGCGCGCGCGCUCCCCUUUUGUUGUCAACUUUCCUCUCUUUUGACAUUUGUGAAAACUUCUCGGGUGGAUGUAUGAGGAUGGUGGAGAGCCGCAGCUGUGUCCAGAGGGAGGGGGUGUACCGCUGGUUCUCCUCGCUCACCUCGGCCCAGAGAGCCGAGUUCCUGUGCGGGCUGCUGGAUCUCUGCGUGCCCAUCGAGCUCCGCUUCCUCGGCUCGUGCCUGGAGGACCUGGCCCGCAAGGACUACCACUCCCUGCGGGAUGCGGAGAUCAAAGCCAACAACCCCGCCGACCUGUCGGGCCUCACCAACAUCACCGACGAGGUGGUGCGCAGCAAACUGCUCGUGUCCCUCGCCCUGCUCGGCUCGGACAACAGGGAGGCGGCGGGGGUCCUGUACCGGACCCUGACUCACACGGACACGGUGAUCAAUAACUACGGCCUGGCGCUGAACGACGGGAGAACGGAGGAGCAGUUCCUGCUGCUCUUCACCAUGGCCUCCAACCACCCGGCGUUCAGCUUCCAUCAGAAGCAGGUGCUGAGGCAGCAGCUCAGCCAGAUCCAGGACAUCAUGCAGGUGAGCAGUGGAGCGGCUCCGGCAGUGGAGCCGGGCGGGGAACGAGCUACCGCGUGUUACACUCGGCCACAGCAGCAGCGCUAUCACCAGACCGCGUCCAUGCCACUGACCUCCGCUGCCCCCGCUGCCCCCGCUGCCCUCUCCGCGCCCGACACCAGCGCUGCUGCCGACCUGCCCGUGUGCGCCUGCCAACUCUGCCACACACACUGCACCUGCUGGCACAGGAGCCACAGCAGAGACUUCGGUGCAGUGUCGGGACUGGGGUCAGGGGUCACCGUGGGACGAGGAGGAGACAGCAGAGACCUCACCCCUCCUCUCCAGGACCUCACUCCACCUCCUCCUCCUCCUCCACCUCCUCCACCACUGCCUCCUCCUCAUCUGCCGCUCUCUGUACCCGCUGUAAAAGGCCUGGACACACCAGCACCAGCAAAGUCUCACCAAGGGAAAGCAAGUAAAGUGAUUGACAGGGUGGUGCUGAGAGGAGUGACACACAACACUGAAGACACCAGUGAAUAUGUGUUUGAGGUGAGCUGGUCAGAUGGAUUUGUGCUCUCCGUCGUCCGGACUCAUGCGGAGGUGACGGAGCUGCUGUCGCAGCUGUCACAAACGUUUCCUGACGAAGUGUUGGAGAAGUUUCUUCCUCAGUCCAUCGAGCUGGACCCCAGGUGUCUGACGACACUGCCUGUCCAUGUCCUACAGCACCACAGUGUCCAGCUCUUCUUCUCCUCCACCAGGCCUCUCUCUCCAAGCUGCUCCUCCUCCUCUUCCUCCUCCUCAUCCUCCUCCUCCUCCUCCUCCUUCCCUCCUUUACCUUCUUCUCCUCCGACUGCUCCAGUGGCCCCAACCUGUUCGGUUUCCUCCAGCUCUAAUCUCGGCUGUAUGGUUCAGUACAGAGGAGCAAACAGGGCGGUGUAUCGAGUGGCCAGCGUCCAGCCCGUCGUCAGCACCCAAAGAUCUGUGUUGACUCGCUCCGCUCCUCACCUCUCGUCCCUGCCUCUCCCCCCUCUCCCUCCCUCCAUCCCGCCUCCUCAGCACUCCCCGCAGCUCUCCUCCCUCCCCCCCGCGGUGCCGUCCCUGCCCGGCCAGGGCUCCAUGGCAGGCGGAGGCGAUGGCAUGGCCUCACAGAUGCAUCCCCAACUCGGUCAGUUGCACUCGUACUCUCAGCCCCAGCUGCACUCCAAACACCACUUCCUUGCCCAAAGUGGCGCUCAGUCCCAGUCCCUCCACCUGUCCCACCCCCAGUCACCGUCCCACUCACAUUCCCAGUCCCUGUCGUACUCCCAGUCCCGUCCCCAGCCACCGUCCCAGUCCCAGCCCAACACAGCGGAGCAGAACGGGAUCCUGGACUGGCUCCGCAAGCUACGGCUCCACAAGUAUUACCCCGUCUUCAAACAGCUCACCAUGGAGGAGUUUUUAGCUCUGACAGAGGAAGACUUAAAUAAAUACGACUUGACGCAAGGAGCGAAGAAGAAACUCAAGACCCAGCUGGAGCUUCAAAAGUCAGUAGACAGGGAAAUGAAAAUGGAUAAACGGUCCUGCAGCGGCAUCGCCAGGGUGACGCCUUCCACUCACACAGGAGAACUGCGAGUGGACGUGGACGCUGUGCCGCACCAUCACCCUGUGACCACAGACAGCAGCUCGUCCUCGGGUUACUCCAGCUCGUCCUGCUCCCCCCGCGCUCCGCUCUGCUGCGACUCGUCCUUUGACAGGAGCAGAGACACACACAGGCGUCCAGAUCCAGCAGGGGGCGCUCCAGAGAAGGACCGGUCCUGCCUCUUCAUCUUGAACUCCGGCUGCCCCUCAGGCUCCAGUCGGCCCACGGCGCAGGUCCUUCCCGUUCAGACCGACCCGGCUCCUCCUCCUCAUCCUGCCUCCUGCUCCUCUCACCUCCCCUUUGGUCUCCCACAGUCUCCCUUCCACCCGCAGGCCACUUACCCACAGACCCUGCUUUCUCCGGUCUCAAACCCAGCGCGUAUCCUAACCUCCCCGCGCAAGCCCCGCCCCCCUCCACUGUGCAUGGAGGACAGGACUAAGCCUCUGGGCUCGGGUCUGCCUGCCGCAGGCUUCAGUCCAGGUCUGGGUGUGGGGAUGGGGGUGAGGCUGGAGAACCUGUUCCCCGGACUGAACGUGGACGGCUCCUCUGCCAUGCAGGACUCGGUGGUUUGUCGCGGUGCCGUCGGUCUGAUGGUGGAGACCAGCUGUGCGCUGACCUCCACCUCCAACAGCGUCCAUCAUGUCUCCCACCCUCCGCUCCACUUCCACCUCUCGUCCUCUUCGUCCCCGUCUCCGUCUGGAUGCUACUCGUACCCGCCUACCUCCUCUUCCUCUUUCUCUUCUUUCUCCUCUUCCUGUUCCUCCGCAAAGUCCAGCUCACAAUCUGGGAGCUCCAGUGGUGGCGGCGGUGGCUUUGUUUCCAUGGCAACUGCAAGCAGUGUUCCCAUGGCUGCAGUACCUGGCAACACUUACUACCCCGCCCACCCGACCUCCAGUCCCUCCCCGUCGCCGUCUGCUGCCUCGUCAUUGGAUCACAGUUCGGGUCACACACCCUCCAUGUGUGUCUGCAGCUCUUGUGGUUGUCGGGGGAACUGCGGCGCCUACGGAGCGUUGCCUGGAUACGCCACGGCUGGCUACCUGCAGCCGUUCUCGGCCGGCCCCUCCCUCUUCACCCUGGGUCCUCUGCUCCAUCUCAGCCCGCUGCUGGCCUCGUCCAGCGGGGCCGGCACCGGAUCCACGCCCUUCUCCUACCCGAUGAUGAUGCCUCCACCCCUGUACCGCCACAGCCCCGUGUCACAUGACCAGCAGCAGGGCUUUGGCUUCUACCAGCCCCAUGGCAUCAUGGGAAAUGGAGGCCAGAAACGAGCCGCGGGGAGCCUGUCGUGCUACAACUGCGGUGCCAACGGACACAGAGCGGAGGACUGCAAGCAGCCGCCCAUGGACUCAACACAAGGGACAUUCCGGCUGAAGUACACUCCUCAUCCCGACAAUAAAGACUCUGGGGACUAAGUUUGGAAACGUUAAAACUCCCCGACACAACUGUACCUCAUGUUCCUGCUGAAAACAAAGGACGUGCAGCAUCGGUACGAGGACGCAGACACGUCUUUUAAACUUUAUUCAGUCUUUGGCACCAGAUGUGAAGAGAAGAGACGAGACGAGACGAGGAGGGAAAAUGAACAGAGGAGUCAGAUUACUCUGAUCCACGCUGUUACCUGUGGUGAAGUUUGACCACUUGACACAGAACUCCAGAGCAUCCUGAGAACAUCCCGAGAACAUCCCGAGAACGUCCCGAGAAUGUCCCGAGAACAUCCCGAGAACGUCCCGAGAAUGUCCCGAGAACUUUCUGAGAACGUCCCGAGAAUGUCCCGAGAACUUUCUGAGAACGUCCCAAGAAUACCCUGAGAACAUCCUGGAAAUGUCUCGAGAACGUCCCAAGAAUAUCAUGAGAACAUCCAGAGAACGUCCUCCACACACAGCAAAACACAUUCUUCUACUUGUUCUAGAUCAAGAAAUACAGAAGAAGCAGAGAACGUCCAUGUUCACUACUUUGUUUUGUUUAAUUCUGUUUUCUCACGAUCACAGAAUUGUGAUCACGAGAUGACAGAAGAUAAAAGCUAGUUUCCUCUCAUCGUCAUUAAUUCAUCUCAUCGUGAGAAAAGGAGCUUUGUUUUCUCGUGACAGCACUUUCAUUCUUGUCGUCCUCACACAAAACAAAUGAGUCUCAUUAUCUCGCGAUAGUGAAAUGAUUGAUGUGGUGAUCACGCGUUUGUUUAUUAUUUAUAAACUUUACUUAUAAAGCACUUUAAAACAACAACAUCUGGAACCCAGUGCCAUACAUGAGAGAUAAAUUAAAUAUGGAAACUUAAGUCCUCAACGACACAACAUGGUGUGACAAGUGUUUUAUGAGGGAAGGAAAUACACUCAGUUUACACAUAUGAACCUUGUUGUGUUUCCACCAAACACAAUCAUGAUGUUUCACUUCACUUUUACUCACUCAUCGUUUAUUAUGUACAAAUGACGUCAUCUUCAGGAAUCUAAGUCAUUUUCAGCUGUUACUUCUGCAGCUAAAGACAUCACCUGUGAUCACACCAUGUCUCUGAUGUCUCUGAGGGACACACCAUGUCUCUGAGGGACACACCAUGUGUCUGAAUGUCACACCAUGUCUCCGAUGUCUCUGAGGGACACACCAUGUCUCUGAGUGUCACACCAUGUAUCUGAUGUCUCUGAGGGACACACCAUGUCUCUGAGUGUCACACCAUGUCUCCGAUGUCUCUGAGGGACACACUGUGUCUCCGAUGUCUCUGAGGGACACACCAUGUGUCUGAGUGUCACAGCAUGUCUCUGAUGUCUCCGAAUGUCACACCAUGUCUCUGAGGCACACACCAGUGUUUCUGUGGACAUUCAAGGUGGACAAAGAUUUCAAAAGUGUAAAUUCUUUCCUAUCCGAGGGACACACCAGUGUCUCUGAAUGUCACACCAUGUCUCUGAGGGACAUAUCAGUGUCUCUGAGAGUCACAUUGGUGUCUCUGAGAGUCACAUUGGUGUCUCUGGACAUUGAAAGUGGACAAAGAUUUCAAAAAGUGUCAAUUCUUUCCUAUCUGAGGGUGACACCUGUGUCUCUG